CGAACAUUACUCUAUGAUUCCGAAUCACGAUUUAAGAUAUAUACCUUAAACCGUAUUCCGAAUUUAUGUAGGUACAUUAAAUUAUCAGAGUUAUUGAACGAUUUAUUUUACAUAAAAAAACAAAUUGUAUUUUAUAGUGUUUAUACUAUUAAUUGAGUGUUGAGUUUAACACUGUUCGAGUACUGUGUAAGGUUCGAAUGUUGUGUUAAACUAGAUCAUUCAAUAUUUUACGCUACACUAUUUUUAAUUCGAUUAUAUUUUGCAUUACUUGCUGUAAUGACCAUUAAUGAAGAUUUAUUAAAAUCUAAAUUAACAGUUGCACUUGACGCAUCAUAUGUGUCUGUCAAUGAUGAUUCCGAUGGAUGUGGUGCUAAAUUUAGCGUAGUUGUGGUAUCUGAUAAAUUUAAUGGUAAAACAUUAUUACAACGUCAUCGAAUGGUAAAUGAAGUGCUAGCUGAAGAAUUAAAAGAAAUACACGCGUUCUCACAGAAAACAUUGACAACAGAACAAUGGAAUAAUUUAAAUAAAGUUUAAUUGCUUUAUAAAUUAUAGAUCAAGACCUAGUAUUACAUUUUGUCAAGACUUAACAUUUUAACAUUAUUCGUAUUCUAUAAAAAUGAGUUCUAAUAUACAGUUUGAAGUAACAGCGCCUGGAAAAAUAAUCCUUUUUGGUGAACAUAGUGUUGUAUACGGGAAACCAGCGAUCGCAUGUGCUAUUGAUCAACAUACUACUUUAACAUUUACUGAAAGUUAUUGUAAUAACCAAGAUUUGAAUACUAUACCAUGUCGCAUUAUUUUGCCACUCAUAAAUUAUUCAGGAAUGUUGACAAUUCAUUUGGAUGCAAAACCAACAUUUUCGCCUACCACAUAUUUUCAAGAAACCUUGAACAAAUUAAACAAAAAUGAACCUUUUCUCAAUGAAUUAGAUACAUUAUCUGGUAAUGAAAAAAAAACACUUACUGUUUUACAUUUUAUUUUUGGAGGAAUUUUGUCAUGCUAUAUGAAACAAUUGAAAAAUGUUUCAUUCACUAUUGGAAUCACAUCUGUAUUGAAGUUGGGAGCUGGAACUGGAAGUUCUGCAUCUUAUUGUGUUUCUUUAGUAGCAGCUUGUUUGGCCUACGUAAAGUUUAAAAUCAAUUCUAAUGUAGAAAUACAAUUUGAUCCGUUAUUGGACGAUUUCCAUUCACAGAGUGGUGACAAUCUGCUAAUUAUCGAGGCAUUUACUGACAACAUAUCAUUCAGUGACGGGGAAAAAUGUUUGAUAAAUAGAUGGGCUUUAUUAGCAGAAAAUUUUAUACAUACUAAAGCUUCAGGAUUAGAUAAUACUAUUUGUACAUAUGGGACAAUGGUUCAGUACACAAAACUUAACAGCCAUAAAUUAUUGGAAGCUCCUGAAUUAAAAAUUCUUUUGAUAUAUUCAGGUAUUGAAAGAUCUACUGGAAAUGUGGUGCAGAGUGUACGCACAAAAUACAAUGAUGACACUUAUCAACCAAUUCUCGAUGCCAUUUUUAAUUCUAUAGGACAAAUUGUAAAUUCAGCAGUCAAUGCAAUUGAUCAAAUGGCUCAAAACCCACUACAAGAACUCCAACAAAUUAGUGUAUUGCAAACUCUCAUGGAUAUGAACCAAGGUUUGCUGAUGUCAUUAGGUGUAUCGCAUGAAACAUUAGAUGCUAUUGUGGCAAUAUUAAAAAAGUUUGACCUCCAUGCAAAGUUAACUGGUGCUGGAAUGGGAGGAUAUGCUAUAUGUCUUGUUCCUCCAAAUAUUCAUAAAUCUAAAAUACAAACAUGUAUGCAAGAAUUAAAAAUUUAUGGUUUUGAAUCUAAUAUUUGUACAAUUGGUUGUCCUGGAGUUAGAAUACAAACUAAAUAGAUUAAGAAAAAUUGUCUUUAAUUAUAUACAGUAUACACUAUAUUAUUGUAUUUAGUCUAUAAACAAUUUAUAAUGUUCUAGUUAAAAUUUAAUAAUAUAUUUAAAAAAAAAAAAAUUAUACAAUGCAAAAUAUUAUAUGAAACCGUAUAUUUGAAAAUAUUUUUUAAAAAAGUAGUGUAUUGUAGUAUAGUUGAUAGCAUUAAACCCAAUAAGUUCAAUAA